AUGGAAUCCAACAGCACAGACCUUCCUCCAUAUUUUUAUAUGGAGACCCUGGAUAUACCGCCAACCAAGACCUACCUAGCUGUUUUCAUGGGGACACUGACCUACUGCUUCAUUGUGGCUGGCAACAUGACCAUCAUCCUCAGCAUCACCCUGAACAGAAGUCUGCACAAGCCCAUGUACCUGUUGCUCCUCAACCUGCCCAUCAACGACCUCAUGGGGGCUAGUGCAUUCUUCCCCCAGCUCAUCAGUAGCAUCGCCCUGGAUGACCGCUCCAUCUCCUGCGCCGCCUGCUUCCUCCAGGGGCUGCUGCUGCACCUGUACGCUGGCGGGGCCUACGUCAUCCUCACCGCCAUGGCGUACGACCGCUUCCUGGCCAUCUGCUGCCCGCUCAGGUACAGCACCUUGAUGAGCCACGGCAACCUGCUGAAGAUCAUCAUGGCAAUGUGGCUGUUGGACCUGGCCCUGAUAUCGGCCCUCUUCUGUCUGAUUGCCCGGUUUCGCUUCUGCGGAACCAGCAUCACUGACAUGUACUGCAACAACUCCAGCCUUGUCAAGCUACUCUGCGGGGACACCACAGUCAAUAACUACUAUGGUGCCUUUAUCUCUUCUUUCCUGCUAGGGAUCUCCUUGGUUUCUGUGGUCUUCACCUACAUCCAGAUCCUGGUGGCCUGCCUCACCAACAAGCAGUCAGACACCAGGAGCAAGGCCCUGCGCACCUGUGGCACUCACCUGACAGUGUACCUGGUGUUCCAGGCCACCAGCAUAUUGACUGUGCUCUCCCACAGGUUCAACCAGGUGUCUCUGUACCUGAGAAGGGUUGUGGGGGUCUCAAUAAUAGUGUUUCCCCCUAUCCUCAACCCCCUGAUAUACGGCUUAAACACUAAAGAGAUUAGAAGUGUAGUGAUACAUUUUUUCACAAAGAAAAGGAUUACUGGCUUCAAAGGGUGA